AUAUACAGCACACAACCUACUCAAACGAUUCCAAAAGGUGAUUCUAGCUACCUAGCUAGCUAGCUUGAUGCAUCCUUGGUUACGCUGCGUGUAGGUAUCAUCGGCUAGCGUAGCUUUGCCGCUCUUUCACCUCCGAUUAAUUAGCAAUAAUGCUUGCAUGCAGAUGACGAGAAGAAUCAAAUCAAUCCCUAUCUGAGCAUCGACUCAAACCGCGAUCAAGCAAGCAUUUUGUUACCACACAUGCACGCCACCUUAGCACGUAUGGUGCAUAUACAUAUAUAUACACGCACGCACACACACACACACAAAUGUGUACGUGCGUGUUGUCUGCUAUAUAGCAAGCUCGUUGUUUCUGAAAGCUAGCCAGCUAGCAGCUAGCAGCUAAUUUUAGAAGGAUGACGGAGGCGAUCAUCGGGCCUCUGGUUGGGAGGCUACAGGAGGUGGCCGUCGGCGAGGCGCGGGCGCUGGUGGGGGUGAACGCCGACAUCCACCGGCUCCGGGACAAGCUCAUGUGGCUGCAGGCCUUCCUCCGGGAGGCCGACACCAGGCGCCGCGCCGUCACCGACGAAGUCACCAGGGUCUGGACGCUGCAGACGCGGGACGCCGUCUUCGACGCCGAGGACGCCCUCGAUCAUUACCAUCUCCAUGUGGACUUGUCCAGGUACCCAAGGUGGAUUCGUCCUACUAUGAUAUGUCUUGAAACAUUCACAAUUCAAGUACGGAUGAGACGCGGCCUAUCUAGAAAAAUUAGAGCCAUCAACAUGAGGCUUGAUGGCAUCAUUGAAAACAAAGAUAAAUACAAGAUAGAGGAUUCUGAUAAGAAGACAGAUGUGACAUGGAAACCUUCUACCUCAACAUCUAUAAAUUACACUCAUAGAAAGUUGGAUGAUGUCCAUGAUUCAGAUGCGGUGAUAUAUGUGGAGGAGCACAACAAAUUAGAGGAUGCCCUUGUUAAUAACCAAACUGAACACCAAGAGGGCAAAGAACACUAUCCAGUCAUGAUCACUGUGUCCGGAGAAAGUGGUAUUGGCAAGACAACUCUUGUGAGAGACAUAUACAAAAAAAUGGAAAAGAAAAAACUGUUUCAAGUGCAAGCCAUGGAAAGUUUUGCACCUUAUUUGACUGCUCCCAACAUCCUUCAACAAAUUACUCAGCAACUGACAGAAGACGACAAAAAUUGCCCUAAAGAAAUGGCACAGGAGAUGCUACAAAAUAAGCUGAAAAAUAAGAAGUACCUGCUUGUGAUAGAUGGUGAAGUCAGUGGUACUGAAUGGAAGCACUUUUUGACUAGCAUCCCUGUUGGCACUAGGGGUAGUAGAGUAGUGCAUAUCACACAAGGUAAACCAGAAGAGCCACCUAGCAGCUACCAUCAUGUCACCAUUCAGUUAAAAAAACUUACAGAAGAUGCUGCCACGUCAUUGUUUCGUCAAAGGCUACCUAAGGAACUGCAAGAUAAAAACCUUAAAAAGUACCAAAAGAGUAUUUUCAAAAUCACCGAAGGGUUGCCUUUGGCGGUGGUUCUUUUGUCAGGUCUUGUGCAAACCAAGGUGUUCCCAAGUGAAUGGGCGAAGGUUUUUCACUACCUUAAGUCCAAACCCUCAGCAAAUCUUGAAAGCAUGCUGUCAGUUUGCUUUGAUGAUCUUCCACAUGAGCUAAAAUGUUGCUUUCUCUACUUUGCUGCACUGCCAACCAACACUACAAUUGAAGCACGCAGCUUGGUAUUUAUGUGUGCUGCAGAGGGAUUUCUAUGUUCAAAGGGCGGGAAGACAAUGGAAAAGAUUGGCUACAUCUACCUAUCUGAGUUGAUUAAUCGGAAUCUUGUCAACCGAGUGAAAAUGGAUGAUGACUCCAGUUUCGGGAGUAUGUCAGUCACAAUCCAAAACAAACUCCAUGACUUUUUGCAGAUAGAAGCACAUGAAGCAAGCUUCGUGGAGGUCCAUAGCCAUGAUGAUAUCCCUACAUUAACUAGUGCUCGCCGCCUCUCUCUACAGAACUACACUGACAAAUAUGCUGUUCUAGCCCAUCCAUUGCCAAAGCUACGAUCCAUCUUCUCUCAGUAUGAGCAAGAGCCUAAUAAAGGUGAUCAGGGGCACAGGUCCAAAGGAAGUCGGGCAUAUAUGUUUCGUUUAUCUCAACGAAGGGCAAUCUCUAAGAUGAAGAAAGACAUCAGAUCUCACAUCAAGGAACUGUUUCAUGGAUCUGAGUUUCUCCGUGUCAUCAAUCUACAAGGCAUUGAGAUUGGUGAGACUUUGACAAGUGCAAUUGGCAAUGUUGUCCACUUGCAGUACCUUGGCAUCACAUCAUGUUCACUGAAACAUAUCCCACGGUCCAUCGGAAGACUCACUAGCCUCCAAACAUUGGAUGUGAGGGAAACUAAUGUUCGAGAGCUCCCAAGGUCCUUUUGGAUGAUUAAGACCCUGAGACAUGUCCUUGGUUUUGUCCUCAGACUACCCAAGCAAAUUGGCAACUUGAAGCAGUUGCAUACACUUGACUCCAUAGAUCUUGAAGAAGUUUCGGAGGAGCCGACUUUGGCAAGGACACUAGGGGAGAUGAUCCAUAUUGAGUUCUUGUCGAUCUGGCAUAUCUCACAUGUCAAUGUGAAAGCUCUUUCUGGUGCGCUAGAGAAACUUGAGAGCCUUAGGACCCUGAUCUUAGAAGGUAAAAUUACUCCUUCAAAUGUCUUCACCACCGCUUCCCUCCGACGUGUCAAGUUUAUGUUCCUAAGUGGGGAUCUGGUACAUUCAUCUGAUCUAGAUGGUAGUGGAUCCUUUUGUCUCCCUAAUCUCAUCAUGCUUUCUCUGGAGAAAACAUAUGUGACUCAGGAAUUCAUUAGCAAGCUUUCUGAGCUGCCAUUUCUUGCCACCCUUGCAUUGUACCCUGGCUCAUAUAAGGACAAGAAACUUGUAUUUGCUUCAUCCAAAUUUCCACGCCUCAAAAAGAUCAAGAUGAUUGAUGUGGAAGUGCUAGAGAUUGUUGAAGUUGAGGUGAGUAUGGUUCCUGAGCUCAAAGAGUUGGAAAUUCACUCCCCAUUCACAGGUUGUUAUCAUGAUAUUGAACUGGGUAAUGACAAGAAAUGUUCUCAAAAAACAAGGAUCGUGGUUGAUCUUAAAAAAGAGAAUAAUGAUGUUCAUAAAGAAAAUGAUGAUAUGUCUGAAUGGUGUGAUAUUUGCAUGAAUCAUGGUAUGGUAAAAUUGGCACCCACCACAGCCAUGGAAGUAUAUAUAGAUUAAGAUGUCAUCGUUCCUUUGAGCUACAUACUUGUAUGUGGCCACUGUGUAUGGGGUACUGUGUGUUCCCCAUGCAUUCUCUUAAAUAUGUUGUGUUGUACGGUUGAGUGGUUGUAAUUUGUAAAUAUUUGGAUGACAAUGUUGUUGUCAGUGUUGUUCUAUGUACAAACUUAUAUGUAAUAAUGUGGCAAAAGUCACGACCCUUACACCCCCAUGAGU